AAAUAAAAAGGAGGGAUGUCAUAAUUUAGCAGUCCGAUGCAUGUUCCACUCACCCCUAAAAUCUUGUCUUGUUCUCUGACAUUUCCUCUCACAAAACUAGUGUCUGACCUCCUCAUCUCCUCAUCCCUGUCUUUAAAUUAUACUCCUACUACUACUACAUGUGUGUGUGUGCCUUCUUUCUUACAAAACACAAACACACUUUCAUGUGGAGUAUAUGCAUUUCUAGGUUUCUGCACAUUCCCUAGCUCCUUUUUUACUGUCUUUCAUCUUCUUGAAGUCUGGGUAAUAAAAGGCUACUGCUUCAGUACUGAUCUCUCUACUAUACUGGGUGUUUCUCAGAUGGAAGUCAUACCCAUUUAAAUAGCUGAUGGUGCAUCAAUAAUCCAAAGGGGGUCAAGAAAAACUUUAAAUAAUGGAUAGUCCUUGCUCAUCCAGCGGGAGUAAUAGUGCCAAGUUGCAAAAAGAGUAUACAACAGAGAAACGUAACUCAUCCUAUGUCGACCUCCCUGCAGAAGUAAAGAAGGAUGCAACUAUGAAGCCAUCUUCUUCAGGGAUUCACCAAAGGCAACAGGGUAGAAGCAAGGGACUUCAGAAAGACGAGCUCGUUAAAUACAUGUCUAGAUUGCCAAACUAUCUAGAGAAAGGAGAAAAAGUUAAGGCGAAACCCUUGAAUCUUGGAGUUCUUGACUGGCACACAUUAGAAAAUUGGCAGAAUCACCAUACACAAAGACCUAGCAGCAGGUGUUCAACAUCAAGAAGCAUUACCUCCUCGAGCUUGUGGACAGAUGGAACCUCUAAUAAAUACGGAAGAGGUGAUGGCACCUGCUCUCCUAGUGGUCAGAAAGAGCACCGUCCUUUACGAUCGUACCUGAAUAUAUCUCCAAUAGAAGGUCACUCUACACAUGUUGAGUCCAGUGCCCGCAAUGCUACAGACUAUGCAGAUAGCAAUGCUAUCUCAACUUAUCCCUCUGGUAGACAGCAAAAUAUCCCAGCAGAGUCUGUUUUCCCAACAAAAUUUUCAGAACUCAAGUUGAAAGAAUGCAGGAGGGAAAAUUUAGACUCUAGUGAUAUUUCCAAGACAAGAUCAUCCAGGGACUUCAAAAAUGAUAAAGACCUGCAGUCUUCAAAAGGGAAGUUGAAAGUCCAAGGUGAUGUGUCCACAAAGGAAUCAGAAAAGUUGCAAAAUCAUUAUUGUGAUAGCAUUGAUCAUGCUUUCCCCAACACUUACAAAGAUGUAAUCCUCCCUAUGCCGAAAGAUAGCACUGAGACUGACCACUCUCGCCCUUUUAAUCUGACAAGAAAAAGUCAGGAAUUAGAAGAUUCUUCUGCUACGAGAUCAGAUGUAUUUUAUAUGGACGAGGUUUACAGUUCGGAGCUCAAUCCCAGCAUCUCAAACUCAUGCGGAAUAACUCAUGAAAUUGAUGGCAGGGACGAGCCUGAUAUGGAACAGAAGUUUUCCUGCUCACCGUCAUGUGCAAACAAAUCAGUCAGGCAAGCAACAAACAAGAUUCUAGAAGAGAAGCAAAGUUUGAUGCCUAUAAAUUUGGCUUCGACCAAGACCUCAACAGUAUUAGGUAUGAAGAGCGCUAAGUCAGAGUCUGAGGUGCGAAACCUUUCACCAAGUCGUAGGGUAAGUUUUACCUUAAACAGUAUAAAAAGAAGUUGCAAAUCCAGGAUUAGUUCAGAUAUACCUCAGUUGAGAUCAGAAAAUGUUACUGCCAGAGCUGCUUUGGAAAUAGCUGAUCCUUUUCUUUGUCCGAGCGAUGCAACAUGUAAUCAGUAUAAUGCUGCAAGGACAGAGCAUUCUAGUGCUUUGAAGAGGUUGCUAACUCCACUGCUGAAGACAAAAGUAGCCAACUUUAAAUUAGUUGAUCAGUCGCAAAAGAAAUCGACAUCAACUCCCAGGAUAUCUGCAUCUUUUGAUGAACAAGGAGAACUAUCAUCUGUGCAUCCACUGAAAGAGAAAUUAGACAUGACAAAUUUAAGGGCCGCUAAAUUGGACAGAACACGUUGUGAUAAAGUACGGGGAUCAUCAACAUUGCAAGCUUAUGUUCAAGUUUCAUCCAAAGAUGAUCUUCCUGUGUUUACGUUUGCAGUUGACAACAACAGUGAUAUUUUAGCAGCCACUCUGAGAAAGUUCUCUUCAAGAAAAAAUGAUGGCUCCUGGAUAUAUACAUUCUUUAGCAUUCAAGAUACGACGAGAAAAAGUGGAGGCUGGUUAAAUCAAGGGUCCAAAGGUAAAGAUUUCGUCCCAAAUGUAGUUGCCCAGAUGAAGGUCUCUGAUUUGGCAUUCUCGAAUAUAGGUGAACACCCCAGUGUUGACCAGUGGAGCACUAGAGAGUUUGUAUUAUAUGGAGUGGACCUAAAAUAUCAAAUAUGCGAUACGCAAGCAAAUGAUGAGCUUGCCGCCAUAGUUGUCAAGUUUCCAAGAAAUAUAGUUACCUGUUUGGAAAAUUCUACAAAAAAUGUCAGAAGCUCUUCCUAUUCAAGUGACCUUCAAGAGGAUAGAUUUUCUAUUGAAAGUCAAGAACUUUUUAGCACUACAGUGCUGCUACCUGGUGGAAAUCAUGGGCUGCCAAGUAAAGGAGAACCGUCGCCAUUGAUUGAACGAUGGCUGUCAGGUGGCCAAUGUGAUUGCGGGGGCUGGGAUCUGGGCUGUAAGGUAAAAGUUUUUGGCAACAAUAAUAACAAGAAUCAGAAACCUACUGGCCAGUUUGAACUUUUUUCUCAACCCCGGGAAGAAGCUCAACAACCUACUCCAUUCUUCACGCUGUCUUCACUCAAAAACGGUAUCUUCUCGGUGGAAUUUAGUUCGAAGCUCUCAGCUUUACAAGCAUUUUCCAUUUGUGUUGCAGUAUUUGACAGUACGAUACCAUCUGAGCUUCAACAAGCGAGCAAUGUUUUUGAGGAGAAACUACAGGAUGACUGUGGACUAAGGAUUCCUAAACUAGUUGGAGUACAUGUUCCUGCCAGAUUUGUGUCACAGCCACCUCAUUCUCCUGUUGGAAGAGUCUAAACACCUAAAUUCUACAACAAUGUAGGUUCUUCUGACCGAUCAUCAGAAUUCAUGAUCAGGUGUGCAUCUAAAUGGCGUAAGCUAUAUAACAGAAAUAAGAAUAACAUUGCUGGCUUUGCUCUCGUAAUCGGAACAAAGUAUCACAGUGAAUAUCAAUAGCUUUAGUUAUAUAGACUGUUCAAAUAAAGAAGUCAGUCUUCUGAUUAGUGGGUGCUUCACUGAGCUUGAUUCUUUUAAUGCUUAAGCUGUGAGCACUGUUAGGUAUCAACUUGAGCGUUUUGAAGAAUUAAGUAUGAGGUUGUUUAGUUGUUUAGUUGUUUAGAUCCGGUGAACACUUUUAGAACUCCGGUUAUUAUCUUCUAGAUAAAAAUUGUGCCUUAAUCUUGAUGAGCAAGGGCCAAGCAAAGAAUAGUAAUGGCCAAAUAAAUAUAUGUGUUGUUCUAAGUU